GGUGAAUGUGGAGAACUGGAGGUUGGGGAUCUAAUUACCGGGCCAUAAUUGGGGGCUGGGGAAUAGGGUUGCCGUCCUCUCAACUCGCUGCAGAUCAAUUAUGUUAAGAGAACAUCUCUUCUAGGAUGAGCUGGAGUGUGCUGCUGACUGGGGACCUGCUGGAGGGGCUUAAAUAGCAGAGCCGGGCUCCACUUCUCAACCAGUCAGACGGCAGUGGCGAGGAGUCCGGGACUGGAAGCUGGAGUUAAAGGACGCGAGGAAGUUAGACUCGUCUUCAACACCCCCUAUCUGCACCUCAAGGUAUACAAAUGCUUUCCGUCCAGCCGGACACGAAGCCAAAAGGCUGUGCCGGCUGCAACCGGAAGAUAAAGGACCGCUACCUGCUGAAGGCCCUCGACAAGUACUGGCACGAAGACUGCCUGAAAUGUGCCUGCUGCGACUGCAGGCUGGGCGAGGUGGGCUCCACGCUCUACACCAAAGCCAACCUCAUCCUCUGCCGGAGAGACUACCUACGGUUGUUUGGUGUAACGGGGAACUGUGCAGCCUGCAGCAAGCUAAUUCCAGCCUUCGAGAUGGUCAUGAGAGCCAAGGAGAAUGUCUACCACCUGGACUGUUUUGCAUGCCAACUCUGCAAUCAGAGGUUUUGUGUGGGGGACAAGUUUUUCCUGAAGAACAACAUGAUCCUGUGCCAGACAGACUACGAAGAGGGGCUAAUGAAGGAGGGCUACGCUACCCAGGUCCGCUGACCCUCGUCAGGGUGCAAAGGAGGAGGGAGACGGGAGCGGGGGAAGACUGAUGCAGAGCUUGCAAUCACAACAAAAAGCACUAACCAGCUCCUGUCCCCCGCGUGUACAUAAUGAGGCCUGCAUCGGGCGGGGAGGUCCUUGACUGUACAGAAUAGCCAUAGAGACUGCAGCACAGCAGACCCUGGAACCUGGCUACACGUAUGGGAGAAAAUAUGCUGCCUCUUACCACUUGGCAAACAAAACACUGGCCUCAGAACAACCAAAAGCAAGUUGCUGGACAAAUUUACAUGGCCUUAGACGAGGACUGCACAGUCCAGCGACUUGGAUCUAGAACACACAGGAGGAAUCAGUGGGACUCUUUGGGAAAGACACCUUUUUAUCUGAUAUUGUUGUAUUAAAAUGUACACGAAGGCGCAUCAAAUAAUUUAAUGCUUGUGUGAGUGUGAGUGUGAGUGUUUUUCUUUUGAGGAUUUUUCAGUUUGCUCUCAGUUUAGAAUCUUUUCUAAUGUUGUUUUUUUUAACAUCGGUCUGCUGAAUUUCUGUUUUUUAAUAUACUGAGUUUUACAGACUAUACAAGUGCUACAGUGGAACCUGUUUAAGUUGAUCAACACAUUAAGUCCUGGCCCACCGUGGGGUACGUAUUACUAAAAAGCAGUGGCGGCCGUGCGUUUUCCACCUAGGCUUUCAGUGAUGUCCGACUUCAAUGAUUACCUCUCAAAAUACCAUAAUUGAUGUCCCCGUAUACUAUACAGAAACAUAUUUACGCACUACAACAGUGUACAAAACGGGUUAUUUUCUGGCGCAUUUAAAAAUCAAUAAACCCGCAUCAGCAAUCAAAACAUAUCUUAUGUGGUACUCUCACAAUUAAAAUUGCAAAAAACAUAAUAGACGUGAAAAAAAAAAGAAAGAAAAUAUUUGAACUCACAAUUUGUAGCACCCAUUCGACGCCGUAUAGCCCCUCGUAGUUGGUUGAUUUGAGUGGAAAUAGCGGGCAUUUCAUCGCCGACCUAGUCUCACUUGAUGUAGUUUCUCUUAAGUAUCCUUCUUGAAAAUGGCUUUGCAAAUAUAUAUCUGCCACCUAAUCAACAUGUUGCUCUCCUUUGUGAGUACCGGCAAGUUCUCUGUGGCUUUCUAUGGCUCGUACGGCUCCUGUGCCACUUCCUGUUUUCGCAACUUGUGAUUGGAUACUCACUUGGGACUCCCAAGUCGGUAUCCAAUCACAGCGUAAGGCCAGCUAGAAGGCCUUACUGACAACAACUCGUGAUCUGAUUGGCUUUUUCAAAUGUCUAUCAACUGUAUGUCCCCGUUCACUUACAGUGCACAGACGCCUGCAUUGUUGAUUCUGAAGGCCCCUGGCAGAUUUGGUACAGCAUGGCAACAUAAGCUAGCUGAAUUCUGAUUGGAUACACACUAACCUAAAAACAACAGCACUGGAAGGAGCAUAAUGACAAGAAUAGAAUAUGAAUGCUUUUAGAUAUUUAGGGAAAGUAAAUUUAAAAAAUAACUUUUAUUUUUAAUUAUGAUCAUGAUUUUUGGUUAUGUUAGGCCAGCAGAGAAGGCCUUGCUGGCACUGUCGGCCCACCACUGCUAAAAAGGGGCCGCUUAUGUCGACAUACAUGGUUUAUAGACAUAAAAUUGGAGACACAAAGGGGUCAUUUCUAUGAAAAAUCAGUCCGUUUGUUGACAUGUGUUGUAGUAUUGCUAAUUUCCUCAUAAUCGGUUGUGUGUUUUUGCAAAAGCGGAUUAUUGGUGUUGCCGACCACUUAUGUUGACAUGGGUUCUGUCAAUUUAAAAAAAAAAUUCCACUGUACAUGUUUAAAGGUCUUAUAGGCCCCACUAGAAUUGUUUUAAUAACCUUUUGUUUUUCUAUGCUAAUCCUGAGUUUUACACAGACUAUAAAAGUGAUACAGGGGAACCCGUUUAAGAGGACCAACAUAUCAAGUCCUGGUCUCAUCAUGUCGACAUAUGGUCAACAGCUUUUGAUUACAUAACAUUUCAGACACAAAGGGGUCAUAUCUAUAAAAAAAAUUAAAAAAUCAGUCAAUUUAUGUCGACAUGUGUUGUAUUAUUGUUAAUUUCCUCAAUCCGUAAUGUGUUUUUGCAAAAGCGUAUUAUUGUCGACAACCACUUAUGUUGACAUGGGUUAUGUCAAUUUAAAACAUCUCACUGUCCAUGUGCAAAGGUCUUAAGUCCCCACUAGCGUUGAUUUAAUAAUCUUUUUUUUGUUUCCAUGCUGAUUUCUGUUUUUUAACAAAUUGACUUUUACACACCAUACAAAGUGAUGCGGUGGAACCUGUUUAAGUCGACCAACACAUCAAGACCUGGUCUCAUUACUAGGUCGACAUACCUGGUCACCCGCUUUUGUUGAUAUUAAAUUUCAGACACAAAGGGGUAAUUUCUAUGAAAAAUCAGUCCGUUUAAUGUCAACAUGUGUUGUAGUUUUGUUAAUGUCUUUAUAAUCGCUUGUGUGUUUUUGCAAAAGCGGAUUACAGAUGAUGUCGACAACCACGUAUGUUGACAUGACUUGUAUUGACUUGAACAAAUUCCACUGUAUAUUUGCAAAAGUCUUAGGUCCCCACAAGUGUUAGGGUUUUAAUAAAACAUUUUAAUUAACUUUGAUUUAACUGUAAACAUGUGCCCAAAUGGCGGAAUAAUGCAAAGAAUGUAAGACCAUUUUGGUCUUAACUUGGUAACGGGGAACAACCAAGUAAACUUUGCUAAGAUUGAGGAUUAUUUGACAUUAUUUAAUGAACAAAACAGGAAUAUUCACGCUUCACAUGUUGUAGUUUUACAAUCUUAGUGUCAUUAUGGCGUUGUUGAAACAGCAAAUCUAAUAGUGGUUUAAGACUUUUGCUAUGUACGCAUUGAGCAAGCCACGAACAACAACUUUAUUGUCUAUAGACAAAGUUUUCAAAGUGCGGGGCUUCCUCUCAGAACAUAAAACAGUUUUGGCCUUGAAUUUGAGGACGACUAUUAACCUGAGGGAACAUUAACAUUUAAUAAAAUCACAUUUUAACAACCAUUUGAAAAUUUAACUUCUCUCACCACAGAAGUAGAGGUGGGUGAUACUUCUUAAACCCAUACCAAGUAAUAACAGUGCCAAAAUUGCUGAUAUCUUUGCGUAUUUGUGAAAAAUGCAACAUUGUACUAAUACAACAAUAUAAGAGUUAGGUAACACUUUAGUAUGGGGAACACAUUCACCAUUAAUUAGUUGCUCAUUAACAUGCAAAUUAGUAACAUAUUGGCUUUUAAUUAGUCAUUAAGUACUUAUUAAUGCCUUACUCUGCAUGGCCUUAUUAUACAACCAGUAAACAAAGAGUUAACUAACCCUAACCCUUGUUGUUUAUUAGUAACCCUAACCCCAACCCUAAACCUCACCCUUAUAUGUUCCCCUAGUGUCCAAAUAACUCUAAAUUAAGUCUUUGUUACUCUAAUAAGCAACUAAUUAAUGGUGAAUAUGUUCCCCAUACUAAAGUGUUACCAAGAGUUACAACAUCAACAGAUUAAUACAAAUAUUCCCUUUUAUUACAUACAAUUGCUUGGGCAAUUUGGCCCCAAAGCCGUCCUGUGUCCAACAUUAACGGAACAUGUGAACAAUGUAACAACAAAGAACAAUUGUGAAGAAGAGAACUGAAAAAUAUGAUCACGCUAGUAUCAACUUGAUACUGAUUCCAUCCUUGGUAUCGAUAUUAUCUAUAUCCGGCUCAAUCCGCAACAGCUCAAAUUGAAAGUAAAAACAUCCCAUUUUGUCCUUACUGAUACUAAAGUUGGUUUAGCAAGUUUUAAAAUGUUUUUAAGCUACAGCUCUUUGACUUCCAUUCACUACUGUACUGAACCAAUGGACGAGACGUUGUUAUGAUUUUGCUCCUUUAGCCACAUGGUCUCCUACUUUUGUCAUAUUUGACUACUUGGAUUUGGAGUGCAGCACACUUUGUUUUCAUGGGAAGUGUUUUUAUUAAGCCUUUCUUAUUGGUCAAACAAGACAGGUGAUGUGCUGGAUGGUGCAGCACAUGUACAUGUGUACAAAAUGUUGGGGGCCGGGGGGUUUGUACCUUAUUUAUUUGUUAAGCUUGUGCAAAAUGUUGCUUUCUUUAAAUACUUGAAUGCAAUUAACGACUGACAGGAUAUCACUGCUCUCAACUAACGCCUCCUUUUCCUCUGAAAACUGUCCAGCUCAGCCCGACUUGAAAAUAUAAUUUGUAAAAAGUGUGGGUGAACAUAAAAAAAUAUUUCCUUUUGCUUGCGACUGUCCAAUUUUUUCUUUUCUUUUUUUUUCUUUACAUGUCAUCCAGCAUGAGAUGUUUAUUUUUAGGGCAAGGCUUGUAAAUACUGUAAUUGUAAUAAUUUUAAGCACAAAUGUAAUACAGUUUUAUUGUGUUACAGA